AUGCAAAGACAUGUUUGGCGGCGAGGCACAGUUUUGCUUGGCAGCCAGAGACGCGCAGCCAAAGCUGUAGCUGCCGUUUUUCAUGAAGUUGGCAAACCAAUGGAGCUUCAGGAGAUCCCUCUCCCUGAGAAGUUGAAUGAGGGUGAGCUUCUGGUUCGCAUGGAGGUUGCAACAAUUUGUGGUAGCGAUCUGCACACUGUCAGCGGCAAGCGACAGGAACCAAUGCCUUUAGUCUUAGGCCAUGAAGGUGUGGGCGUCAUUGAGAGGGUUGGCUCAGAUAUUUUCAGUGGCAACCGUCCGAGGCACCGUGGCUGGAAGCUGCAGGAGGGCGACCGGAUAACUUUCAGUGUUGCAGAUUCCUGCGGUAUGUGUCCGGAGUGCACCUUACACAAGUUGCCCCAGAAGUGUGUCUCUUUGAUGAAGUAUGGGCACGCGAGAAUUUCAGAGGGAAGUGGCUUGAAUGGCACGUACGCGACACACGUGCUACUGCGGCCUGGGACCCACGCUGUGAAACUUCCUGGCACGCUGAGCUCGCGGGUCUGUUCCCCUGCCAAUUGUGCUCUUGCCACCGUUGUCAAUGCGCUGGACAUGGCCAGGCUUCCGAGGUACGGCUCCAACAAGAGCGCAGUUGUGCAAGGAGUUGGGCUUUUGGGCAUCUAUGCCGUGGCCUGGUUGAAGAAGCGUGUCGGCAUGGACAGUGUCUUCUGCCUGGACACGCAUUCGGGGCGCUUGAAGACGGCCGAACGGUUUGGGGGAAUCCCCUUACUCGUGACAGGUGGGGAAGAGGAGUUCUGGGAAAGGCAACGCUUCAUACGCGAACGCUACCCGCGUGGUGUGGACGUUGCUGUUGAGAUGACGGGCGCGAAGAACGUCAUCCACGAGGGGGUGCAGCUGCUGCGAAACGGUGGCCACUACUCAUUCGCAGGUAUGGUACAUCCUGAUUCUCAGCUCUCCUCGCUGACCGGCGAGACCAUCAUUAAAAAGUGUCUCACCAUCCGUGGUGUUCACAACUACACUCCAUGGAACCUGGAAGAGGCGGUCAAGUUCCUGGACGAGUACCGUGAGGAGCUGCCUCUGGAUUCUGUCCUGUCACCCUCGAGUUAUGCCCUCUCGAAGAUCAACGAAGCCUUCGCAGAGGCGUACUCUGGCAAUUAUUGCCGCGUGGUGGUCAACUGCCAAGACAUUUGA